GGGCGGGGGUAGGGGAGGGGGAAGUGCAGGGGGCGGGGAGGAGGAGGAGGGGGAGGGGAUUUGGUCGGAACCCGGGGGAGGGUGCGGGCGUGGCACUGGCUGGCCCAGUGAAAUGUCGCAGGCGGAAGUUGAUACUCAGGGGCAACAGGGGGACGCGCAGGUGCCGCACGGACCGCAGCAGGUCCGCCAGGGGGGCGUGCAAACCGGGGAACUCGAUAGAUCAGGCCAUCAGACCAUUGUACCAGGUGAUGCAGUUAUGGCUUUGGACACGGUAGGGGUUGAUGGAGUAGACGAUGACAGCCCAGAGGAGGGUCUUGAUGGGGAUGGGGAUCUGCACUGUGAUCCGCAAACGGGCGUGGAUAUGGGAGCGGGGCCGAUGACCGUCUCGUCGCCCAACCCUAAUCAACUCACGUUGUCGUAUCGGGGGGAGGUGUAUGUAUUUGAGACUGUAUCGCCAGAAAAGAUGGAAAUGGUUUUAAUGGUUCUUGGAGGAAGAGAGUUGCCUGCAGGUAUCGCGGGGCUGGCAGUGGCAAGUCAUCAUCACCAUCACAAGCGCAUGCAUGGCAUGUCAGAGUACCCUGCAAGGAUGAACCUGCCUCAGCGCCUGGCUUCUCUCACAAGAUUUAGAGAGAAACGGAAGGAGCGGAACUAUGACAAGAAGAUUCGAUACACUGUACGCAAGGAAGUUGCACAGAGGAUGCAGAGGAAAAAAGGACAGUUUGCAUCGUCAAGGGUAAUUGGAGAAGAUGGGAAUGCAGUGAAUUCGUGGAACGGAUCCCAAACGAACGCCAGUGGACCUCAGCAAGAGAUGACGUGUGUGCAUUGUGGUAUUGGGGAGAGGUCGACGCCUAUGAUGCGACGAGGUCCGUCAGGACCACGAACGCUCUGUAACGCAUGCGGGUUGAUGUGGGCAAACAAGGGUGUUCUUAGGGAUCUAACGAAGACUCCAGUUGCGACGAUGAAUAGUGUGCAGCAGCAGCAGUCGCUCCAUCCUCAUCAUCAACAGCAACAGCAGCAGCAGACACAACCACAGCAACCACAACAGGUGUUCUUGCAGUCCAGCCAGCCAGUACUUCAGGCGCAUCAGCAAUCUUAUAGUGCAGCGCUUGCUCAUUCACAUCCACACGCACACCAAGCGACACACCACCAAGUGGGGACGAUCCAGGGAUUGCAGGAGACAACACAACAUAUGCAGCAUUCAGUUGAUGGGGGACCCCAGGUAAUCACCACCAUGAUGACGACGACGACGGCGAUGAUGAUGAUGAUGAUGAUGGUGAUGAUGAUGAUGACGAUGAUGACGACGACGGCGAUGACGAUGAUGGUGAUGAUGAUGAUGAUGGUGAUGAUGAUGAUGACGAUGAUGACGACGACGGCGAUGACGAUGAUGGUGAUGAUGAUGAUGAUGGUAAUGAUGAUGAUGACGAUGAUGGUGAUGAUGAUGAUGAUGAUGAUGGUAAUGAUGAUGAUGGUAAUGAUGAUGAUGACGAUGAUGACGACGACGACGGCGAUGAUGAUGAUGAUGAUGACGAUGGAUGACAUCAUGAUCAUGGCCACGACGACAAUGGAUUACGUCGUGAUGAUGGUGACGACGAUGACGACGAUGACGACGACAACGACCGCGAUGGCGACGACCAUGAUGACGACGACGACGGCGAUGAUGAUGAUGAUGAUGAUGAUGAUGAUGAUGAUGAUGAUGAUGAUGAGGGUGAUGAUGAUGAUGACGACGACGACGGCGAUGAUGAUGAUGAUGGUGAUGAUGAUGAUGAUGAUGAUGAUGAUGGUGAGGCAACUGAGAGUUGGAGUGAAGAGGUUAUGGGUGGGCUGUGACCUGCAGGUAGUGCCGUCGGCUCCGCCGGGCUCGGUUGCGAUGCAUGCGGAUAGUCUACAAAACGCGACUCAGAUACUGCCGAAGCCAGAGCAUGCGGUGGUAAUGGCGAACGGAGGAGGGCUGUCAUCGAUGAACGCUGCUGGUUGACUGGCCGCUUGAUCGUAGACGAUGGAGGUCUUCUUCUACUGUUGCAUUCUUUUCAUUCUGAAUUCCUUGAAGCGCGGGACCUCACUCGCCCUUUUUUUUUUCUUCGGUAUAUUCCCCCUGUCAUCGUCAAUCGCCAGGUGAAGUUUUUGAUGCGAUGAAGUGGUUCGAGAGGAUUACCCGGUCACUCAAUUCUUUUCGAUACAUUUCCCCCGUCACUCGUCCAUCCAUCCAUCGCUCGUUCGUUUUUCAUCCCUUUUUCUUUUCUUCCUGGCUCCCCUCCCCCAUUGUUGCAAUCCUAUCAUUUUUAGUUUUAGGUUAGUAGAAAGGUUGUAAUUGGGAGUUCGUGUAUGUUGACGGCAGUUUUAUGGGGGUGUUGGGAUGAUUUUGGGGCGGAGGGGGCCGCACUUGGGGAGUUCUGUAUUGCACAGAGGGCUUUUCACAGUUUGGCAAUCAAUACCAUAAGGAGGUUGUAGGAGGUGCUCUGCAAAAACCAGGCCUUGAUGCAAGUUGGUGGUUUUUUGUUGGAUACCUUGGUUGCUCGUUCAAUUUUCCGACCUUUUUCUCGGGAAGAAUUUUGAGGGAAGGGACACAGAUGCUGACUGACAAAUUGUGAAGCCGUGAGUGGCAGGGCGGGCAUUCGCUGGGUUCUGCCCGCAGUGCCCCCACCGACGGUGGGCGGCGCACAUUCUGCAGAUGUACUGAAGGCGUGGAGUCAACAAUGAGGUCGUCGUACUUUUGGGGGCGGAGAGGCAACAGGUUGGGAAGUUGUCGAGGCUUUUUCUUCUUCAUCUGACUUCAGCAAUGGCCCCAUCGUGUCUCUCGUGUCACGGCAGUUGCAUUGGACAAGAUGUUCUCUCUUCUCGCUUCACACGGUCUGUUUGCUGUUUUCCAUUGUUUCGUACGCUUAUCUGGUCCACGGAGCGUGGCAAGGGUUGUGACUUGUGAGGUGUUUUAUUUCUGGGAGUGGAGAGGCAACAACAGGCUGGGCUGUUCAGGAGGUAUUGCUUCUUCAUCAGCCUUUGGUAAUGGGCCCCUCGUGUCGGUCCUGGUGCGGCGGUGAAAUCAGAUGAUGAGCUGAGCUGUACCCCUCUCACUUCAGCUCGUCGGGGUUGGUUUGCUAACUUUGUUUGACGUUUUCCGUUGUUUCGUUCGCCUAUCGGAGAGAGCCUCCGAUUGAAUGGGCCUCUUCGUCUGGGAUGCGGAAGAAUGGCAAAGGUUGCGAGGGUGCUUUGCCGGGCAUCGUGGAAGCGGGAAUUUUCUGCAUGUGUGGGUGGUGGCACUGGGUGCUAGGGACAGAUAUUGAGGGGAAGGGGUGGGGUCUGGUUGACACCGAUUUCGAGAUGUUGGGUGGGUGGGACGGGGGGGGGGGGGGGGGGGGGGGGGGGGGGGGGGGGGGGGGGGGGGAGCAGAACACAUGGAUGCCGGCAGGUUUUUUCUGCUAAAGAGCCUGAGGCAGUCGUCAUGGAGGCUCAUGUUUAUACAAAAGGUAGUGAUGUGCAUUCCAGUUGUGAUUAAAUUAGCAGAGGUGUGUCCCUUUUGGAUGACUGAUUGGUUUUGAGCUUUUGACUUUUGUGCAGCGGUAUUGUCUUAUUGGACAGCCGCAAGUCAGCACGCUAGCAUUGUUACUCGCUGUCUCUUCCCAUCUUUCGAGCUGUGUGCGCCCGCGUUGUGCAGGUGCAAGAUUUCUCCGUCGUUUGUGCGCCUUUCCCUGCAAAUGAUGGUUGGUGCCUUGCACAUUUCAAUGAAAAAAGGAAUCUCAU